GUGUCAUGUGUCAUUUUCUCGCUGUAGCGCGGCGUGCUAAAUUUGAGGUUACAAAAUUUUAUAAUUCUCUAAACAAUGGGGAAAGUUAAAAAGUCAAGGCCUGCAAGAACAAAGAAGAAUGUUGUUGAAAGCCAUUCAGUCGAAGAAGAAGAAAUGCCAGUGGAUUCCAAAGAAAAUGCACUGCAGACUAUAUUGGAUCAAUUACAGACAGCAAAUGUUGAAGAAAAAUACUGUGGCUUACAAACACUGGCAAUGCUUAUUGAAAGUCCAGAGAAUAUUGAUGAGAUAAUUAAUCGAGGUAUAGUUAAGGUGGCGGCACCUUUACUCAUUGAUGCUGCAAGUUCAGUGAGGAAUGCAGCUGCCGGUACCUUGAGGAAUCUGUCCACUGUAAAGCUGGAAGUAUGUGACCAGCUGAUGGAACAAGAUAUAAUGACACCACUUACGUGCUAUUAUCAUGAGCAUGCUGCUGAGUGGACUCCAGAGAACAACUCUAAAACUAAAGACGAUGAUAAAGACACUUUUAUUCAAUGUACAAACUUACUUCUGAAUUUAUGUGAGAGCUCUGAACUUGCUGUCAAAUACUUGGGACAGUCAAAAAUACUUGACAUUCUACCGAGGUAUUUGAACCUGUCAGUUUUUGGUUGUGAUGUUGUCAUUGCUGUAUUACAGUGUCUAUUUGUGGUUGUAGAGGAUAACCCCUUUGCUAUGGAAAAAGUGAAGGCUAACUCAGAGAAACAAUUACAAGAAUUUAUAUCAUUGGAAGGCACUGACCCAUCAGUACUUUUGACAAAGACAUUGGCAGCUGGUGUGAUUAUAAACACAUGUGGAGGAAAUGUUGUAGGUUUACCAGCUAAUGUUGUGAAUGAUAUCAUUGCCAUUCUGGCUAAUACUUUAUCAGUUGACCACAGGCUGGCUUGCAAUCAGUUAUCAAGUAAUGUGCCAUUAGGGGAUAACAAGGGAAAUAUUGUUGCACCCAAAGGGAGUGAAGCCAAGGUUUUAGAAAAUCAAUUGAAGGCCGUGUCUCAGUUGUUAGAUGCACAACAAAGUGCUGUUGAAAUUGUUGCGAAUCUUUGCUCUUGUGAAGAGGGUGAUGAAAACAUAGAUGAGGAUGAUUCAGACAGUGAAAUAGAAGAAGAAAUAUGUACUAAUACUGAUGAGCCACUCCUCUCUGAAGACAAACUACCUCCAGAGGUCAUGGAGGCAUUGAUCUCACUGGAAAUAUUUGACAAAGUAUGGUCUAGGACUCAGCUGCCUGCACAAAAUGUCAUGAUGAUUUUGCAAGAGUAUGAAGGAUCACAGUUGAUUUAUAAAAAAUUACACAAUGUCCAGACAAGAGCUUUACUUUGUAUCAACAACAUGCUAUCCACAUUACCCAUUGAAAGUUUGGGGGGAGCCAGUAGGGUAUAUAAAAUAUGGGUGGAUACAGGCAAAUUAGUGUUCCAACAAAAUGCAGAGAAUGUUAACUUAUUGGAGUCUUCCACGGCAGUAAUGAGAGCUUCGUUGGAAAAACUGAAAGUCAAAGAAAAUGGUGACCUCAAUGGCUGUAAUUUAUUUAGUGAUAUGGCCCUAACAGAUAUAGAGAUGAUGUUGACAGGGAUAAAAGAGUGUCAAGUUCCAGAAAUAAGAGCAAACCUUAUCAGGAUGAUUGGAAUCUUAGCCCUAUUGUUAGUCAACAACUUAAAUGAAAUUACUUCGAAUGUGAUAUGCACAAUAACUGAAUUUAUCUUAGAGCAGGCUCAUAAAGAGAAUGAGGUCUGGGUUUUAGCUGAGGCUAUUGACACAAUAGUUGAUUUAUAUUCUGAAGAUGAGACAGAUAUUUUAGCAGCAAAAGUUAAAUUAGUUGAUAAAUUGGCCGUAUUGGCGCCUAUACUGAAAAAUAAGGCAAGACAGCAGAAACGACUUCCUAAGGAAUACAAAGUACUGGUAAGCACAGCAACUUCAAACUUGCCUAGAUUUAUAAAGUACAAAAAAGGAAGAAUAAGUAGUUUGUAAGUAAAAUAUUAAUUUAUAAUUUGGUAUCGAUG